AUGAAAGAAGUAUAUCGCCAAGGCAGAACAGUGUCGUGCACUAAUAAGGACAUCCAAGGUAUGUAUUCAAUUUUUUAAAGGACUGUGAAAGAAAUAAAAAUUAAUCAAUCAUAUUUUUAGUUGACAUUAGCGAAAAUUCACAAAUUGAACCAGACAUAAAUAGAGAUGUUAUCCCAACACCAUCCUAUACCAAAAGUAUUUUUUUAAUACGAUUAAUAUUUUUUAAUACAUUAUUAUGAUUUUUUUUUCGCAGUCGACAGUUAUGGGAAUGACCAAAUAGAGAUUACACCGGAAAUAAAUGUAAACAAUAUUCAAGCCGGACCGUCUACUAAAAGUAAUAUACACACAUGUAUUAUCAUUAGCUAUAUAGAUAAUUUUUUUAAUUCAAUUUUUUAUAGAUAUAUCUACUACACAAUCAUUGCCCACUGCCAAAAGACAAAUUGAAAACAUGCGGGUAGAUUUUAGUAAAUUUUAG